AUGAGUCCUGAAGGAGCGAACUCCUACACGGACGAGGUUUCUUUCACCUGUAACGAAGGGUACGAGUUGGACGGCGCUGCCAGUGUGACGUGCCAAGCUGACCGAGAAUGGAGCGCUCCUGCUCCAACAUGCAAACGUGUACAGUGUGGCACAUUGACGACCCCCACCCAUGGAGCAUUGAGUGCCACAGAUGCCACCUCAUAUCAGGACGAGGUGCACGUGACAUGUGAGCAGGGCUAUGAGCUGGACGGAGCCUCUAGUCUGACCUGCCAGGCCGACGGCUCGUGGAGUGAGCCUGUUCCAGCAUGCGCAGCUGUGCAGUGUUCGACGCUGACGGCCCCAGAAAACGGAGCGCUGAGUCCUGAAGGGGCGACCUCGUACGAAUACCAGGACGAAGUGUCGUUCACCUGUAACCAGGGGUACGAACUGGACGGAUCCUCUACUGUGACGUGCCAAGCUGACAAAGAAUGGAGUGAUUCUGUCCCAGAAUGCAAACCUGUACAAUGCUCGCCGCCGACGGCCCCAGAAAACGGAGCACUGAGUCCAGAAGGAGCGACCUCCUUUGAUUACCAGGACGAAGUUUCUUUCACCUGUAACGAGGGGUACGAGUUGGACGGCGCUCCCAGUGUGACGUGCCAAGCUGACCGAGAAUGGAGCGCUCCUGCUCCAGCAUGCCCGCGUAUUGACAGAUGCGACCCUAACCCAUGUCAGCACGGAGGAGCAUGCACCGACAAUGGGGAUUCCUACACUUGUGAAUGUGCGGCAGGGUUUGAAGGGGAUCAGUGUGAAAUCAAUUUGGACGACUGCACUCCUGACCCGUGUAUGAACGGAGGUGCCUGUAUUGAUGGUGCCAACUCGUUCCUUUGCCAUUGUGCUGCGGGAUUCCACGGCCCUACGUGUGAACUAGUCAUAACAAAGUCAGUCUGCGUGGCAUACGGAGAUCCCCACCACAAGACGUUCGACGGAACGGCUCACGACUUCCAAGGCACGUGUCGGUACACCUUGACGAAGGACCUGGGGACCGGCGCCGACUUUAACGUGGAGGUGCAGGAGGUCCCGCUGCCCUGGCUCACCAGCGCCUCCGUGGUGCGAGAAGUGUACCUGGAAGCGUACGGGCACAGAAUCGCCAUCCGGCAGCAAAAGAUCGUGUCGGAGAUCAGCGAGAAUGGCGAGGAGAUCCGGUCGUUGCCCUUCAGCCUGGCUGAUGGCCGGAUCCAGGUCCAGCUGAGCGGGCUGUUUGUCCACAUCCAGACUGACCUCGGCGUGGAGGUCUUCUACGAUGGGAACCACUAUGCCAAGGUCGAGGUGCCAUCGAACUACCAGAACCGGGUGGGCGGUCUGUGCGGUAACUUCAACGGCAAUCCGGACGACGACUUCACGACACCGGACGGAACCGUCGUGUCCGAUGUGAACUCGUUCGGACGGAGCUGGCUCACCAGUGUAGCAACAUGUCCGGGAGGAAUCGUCGGCCCGGUCGGCGAACCUCCCAGCUGUCCCGACGACAUACGAGCAACUGCCGAGUCGGCUGAGAGGUGCGGGCUGCUGAAGAAACCUGACGGCCCGUUUGCGGCCUGUCACGGCACCGUGGACCCAGAACGUUUCUUCGACAACUGCGUCUUCGACAUGUGCGCGAGGAACGGAGACGUCGUCGGGCUUUGCGAGGACUUCGAGACGUACGCUGACGCAUGCGUGGAAGCAGGCGUGCAUUCGUUCUUCUGGAGAGAUCACAGUCUUUGUCCCGGACAAUGCCCGCCAAACAGCCAAUACUCGUCAUGCACCAGUUCCUGCCCAGAAACCUGCGCCAGAGGCACUACUAGCGGCUGUCCCCAGGACCAUGGCUGUGUGGAGGGCUGUGAGUGUGAUCCCGGCUUUGUCCUGAGCGGACAAAACUGCGUGCCGGAGGACCAGUGUGGCUGCACCCAUAGCGACGGACGCUAUUUUACGCUCGGAGAACGCUUUGGAGAAGACGGGAAGAACUGCGUCUGCGAAGAGGGGAAUAACAUCAAGUGCGAGGCAUUGGAGUGUGACGAGGACGGAGAUUGCGACGAUAUUUGUCAGACUGUUGACUGUGGAGAGAAGAGGGAAUGCAAGGAGACCACUGGCGGAUACGAGUGUCCUUGCAAGCCGUCCUACAAAGACGUGGAGGGAACUUGCCGAGGUUUCUUCACUUACUCCGUGGUCACGCGUCUCCUGGCAGACGAAUUUUACGAAGAGCUCCACGACAGUAACUCCAAAGAAUUUAAAAACCUCGUGAAGGAGGUUCGCAACGUGGUAAAAGACCUCUACGGCAAGGGCGAGCUGACCAAGAACGAGUUUGUAGACAUGGACAUUCGUGAGUUCGUUCCGGGAAGUAUCAUUGCCCACUACAACCUGUACCUGUCUGACGACAGCACCCUGUUCCUGGAAGCUGGGGACGACGUGCCCUACAUUCUCCAGGAAUCCCUGAAGAAACUGGCCAAGGCUCACAACGGGACGCACCUUCUGAUCGAACACGAGCAGGGCCAUCGUGUCUCAGAUUAUGACGAAUGUGCUUCACCCGUGGACAACGACUGCUCUACCUUCGCCACGUGCCACAACGCUGUCGGCUACUUCAAGUGCGCAUGUCUGGAUGGAUAUGAAGAUCGUUCAGCAGAGUUUGGCGACUUCCCAGGCCGCGUUUGCCAGAAAGCGGUGGUGGCAACCUCCCCAACAGUGUACAUGUGGGCGGUCCUGGCUGUGAUGCUGGGUCUACUGGCUGCAGUACUCGUGUUCCUCGCCUGGCGCGUCCGCCUAGCUCGUGCACGUUCGGCGAACCGCAAGGACGUUGGAGGAACCAAGGCCACAUCUCCGAUAAUGACAACAAUGUACAACCCCUGAGCUGAUGCCGAGCAGGCUGAG